AUGGACAAAUACAAGCAGGUGAAGAAAAUUGGGGAAGGUGGAUUUGGAACAGCUGUCCUUGUCUUAUCCAAAGAGAAUGGACAACAAUAUGUCAUCAAGAAGAUUGACACAUCUAGAUUAUCAAUUGAAGAGAGGCAGAAAGCUCAACAAGAAGUUGAAGUCCUUUCCAAGAUGAGUCAUCCCAACAUUGUCAAGUAUAAGGAAUCUUUUGAAGAAAGAAAAUGUCUGUGUAUUGUGAUGGACUACUGUGGGGGUGGAGACCUCUACAAGAAGAUAAAAUCUCAGAAAGAAAAAUGUUUCUCAGAAGAGCAAAUCCUGGACUGGUUUGUGCAGAUUUGUCUGGCACUAAAACACAUCCAUGAUAGCAACAUCCUCCACAGGGACAUCAAACCACAGAACAUAUUUUUGACAAAAGAUGGGACUGCACAGCUUGGGGACUUUGGAGUUGCAAGGGUGCUGAACAGCACUGAAGAACUGGCAACAACAUGCGCAGGAACACCACUUUACCUGUCACCAGAGAUCUGGAAAAGUGAACCAUAUGACCACAAAAGUGACAUUUGGGCUCUAGGCUGUGUCCUGUAUGAAAUGUGCACUCUGCAGCAUGCAUUUGUGGCUGGCAGUUUGGAGAACGUACAUCGGAAGAUCCUCAGUGGCUCAUACCCUCCCAUAUCUUCUCACUACUCCCAAGAACUGCGUUCUCUCUUGGCACAGCUGUUGAAAUGUGACCCAACAGAGAGACCCUCAGUCAGUAGCAUACUGGAGGAACCUUUCCUUUCCUUUAGGAUAAAGAGGUUCCUCACAACACAGGUGGAAAGCACUAACAUUGCUCAGGAAUUUGACCAUGACUUUCUUCAUAAGCAGCCUGAAGAACGUGUGGUGCAGGGGUCACCAGUUGAAUACAUGCGUGAAUCUCCUGCAUAUUGUUAUGAGCUACAAUCUCCUGGAAUCUGGAUCGAGCAAGCAAGAGUGUGCGCUAGUGAGUGA